UGACGCGUUUUUCCCAAUACGGUGAGUCAGAGGGCUUUUGUCUCGAGACCAAAGCGCGCGAAGUCUCAUUCAUCGUUACAACCUCGCCAAGACAACGUCGUAUCUUUGUCCUCCGGGCUUAUCAAACCGACCAAGUAUGGCACCCACUGUGACUUUCGGACGAGAUUCUGAAGAAAAGACCAAACUGCCAGCCGACCGUAGUGGCAUCGAUGGCGAAUGUGAGACCCCGUCGGUCUCCUCUGACGGAGACGACCGCGGGACGUGGGGAAACCACAUGGAGUUCUUCCUGUCGUGCCUUGGCUUCGCUGUCGGACUCGGCAACGUGUGGCGCUUCCCCUACCUGUGCUACAGGAACGGAGGAGGUGCAUUCCUGAUUCCGUAUGUGUUUUUCCUGGUGUUUGCCGGAGUUCCAAUGUUUUUCCUGGAGUUGUCCUUCGGACAGUUUGCCGGCACUGGACCCAUCACCAUCUGGAGGGUUGCACCCAUGUUCAAGGGUGUUGGAUUUGCCAUGGUGAUGAUCUCGUUCCUGGUGUGUAUCUACUACAACGUGAUCAUCUCCUACAUCCUGCACUACCUGUUCGCCUCCUUCACGAGCGUGCUCCCGUGGGUAACCUGUAACAACGACUACAAUACUGCGGACUGUGUUGAGGGCGGUCAUGUGAAGAUGGCGUUCGAAAUCUACAAGUGCAGCAAAAUUGGCGGAGACUACUUCAACGGGACGUGCUUCAACGCCACCAUGAACGCCACGGCCGCCAUAAUGAACGAGACUCUGCAGAACACCAACUUCACCCGCGUGUCUCCCACCGAGGAAUACUGGAAGCACUUUGUGCUGCAGAUCUCUGACGGGAUUGAUGACAUGGGCGGCAUCAGCUGGUCCCUGACUCUCUGCAACCUCCUGGGCUGGGUCGUCGUCUUCUUCUCAUUGGUCAAGGGAGUCAAGUCAUCCGGCAAGGUUGUGUAUUUCACUGCCACAUUCCCCUACAUCGUGCUGUUCAUCCUACUGAUCCGUGGCCUGACCCUUGACGGCGCCAUGGAUGGAGUCUUCUUCUACAUCAAGCCUGACUGGAGCCGUCUGGCCCACCCUAAGGUGUGGAUGGAUGCAGCUGUGCAGAUCUUCUACUCACUGGGCGCAGCCUGGGGAUCCCUCAUCACCAUGUCCAGCUACAACCGCUUCAACAACAACUGCUACCGCGAUGCCCUGAUCAUCUCUUUUAGCAACUGUGCCACCAGCGUGUUUGCCGGCUUUGUUAUCUUCUCUGUCAUUGGCUUCAUGGCCCACGAGAUAGGCGUGCCAGUCGCUGACGUUAUCGACCAAGGUGGGUAUCCCAGCCCCUUUCUCUUGAUAGCUUUUACAACAAGCGGGCUGCCUUACUCAAACUCCUAUAGCCUUCUGUUACAGUUUGGAAUGUUGGAGGCUGUGCUUAGCGGGCUGAUUGACGAGUUCCCAACCAUCCUGCGCCCCAUCAAGUCCUGGGUCACCCUGGGGAUCUGUGUGCUGCAGUUCCUGCUGGCCCUCCCCAUGGUCUCACAGGGUGGCAUCUACCUGCUGACAAUGGUGGACUGGUACAGCGCUGGUGUGUCCCUCAUGAUCGUUGCUGUCACUGAGUGCCUUGUGCUGUCCUGGCUAUACGGCUGUGACCGGUUCUACGACAACAUCAAGAUGAUGCUCGGCUCCUACCCCAGCAUCUGGUGGAAGAUCUGCUGGAAGGUCAUCACUCCAGUGGUCCUUCUUGGCAUCCUCCUGUUCACCAUGGUGAACCACACCCCGGUGACGUACGGGAAGUACGAGUACCCCGACUGGGCGGACAGCCUGGGCUGGCUCAUGGCCAUGGCGUCUGUCGUCAACAUCCCCAUCUUCGCCAUCAUCGCUCUAGUACAGGCCAAGGGGUCCUUCAUGGAGCGGCUGCGCGCUGUCACCCAGCCUACCGCAGAGUGGGGCCCGGCUCUCAACCACGACCGAGACCUGGACCUGAGCGAACCAGAGUUGAAUGAGAAGGGCGUUCCCGUCAUCAACAUCGUCCCAACAAAGGACGAAGAGAAGGUGGACCUCUCCAAGUCCAUGGAGCGGAUUAGUACUGUAUGAGUGUGCGAGGCUUGGAGAAGAUCUUUGCCAUUUUGUUUUGCCAAAUGAGUGAGGGUGGUGUAGUAGAUUUAUGGUUUUUUGUUUGGAGACUAUCUCUAAUCUUCUGUAUCAACCCAGAACCAAGCCAAAGGCAGCUGAAAGCACUUAAGUUAAUUUAUGCCUAGGAAUGCUAAGUGAAUAAAAAUAUGUAUGUAUAUUUUGUCAGACAAGACAAAGAUUCUUGCUUUCCUAGGAUGCACUCUUGUGUAGGGACCUCAUUGAACUUAGUUAGUGUUCACUUCUGUACAGUGCAAUUCUUUUGGUCCACCUUAGGUUUCUUGACUGUUGUACAUCAAUGCAAUUAUGUUUAAGAUCUUUUGGCAUACUUUUGCAAGAAGAAAUGGGACCCAAAUAGAUAUGUGUUAUUGGUAAGAAAUAUGUAUGACUAUUAGUCAGCAUUCACCGCAUUCGUAUGGAAAAGGAAGAAAAGCAGAUGUCUUUGCUACCUUUAAGGAAUUUGGUACACUUGUACUAGAAGAAAGUAGAAUAUAGGCAUGAUAUAAGAUGCCUUUUAAGAGCUAUGCCACUUCAAUGCUGGCUGCUGUUUGAAUAUGAAUGACAGUUGGCUUCUGUGUAUAUUUAUGCUAGUGUAGAUGUAUUGAAAACACCUGUUAAUUCUGUUGAAAUCUUUGAUGGGUGAAUUUUAGGCUGAUUUUGAUCAUGUGGGGAUUUUUUGGUCAGUAAUAUGCAGAAAUCUUAAUCAACCUAGUCAUUUUGUAUUCGACAUUUCCAACAAAAUAUUUGGCUUGCUAAAGUAAACAGUAAAAGCAAAGCAAGAAAUGAGUAACGUGUGUAAAGAUGACAAAUUAGUUUAUAGAAGAAGUGGCCAAAGAUUUUGUUAGAUUGUGUUUUUUUUCGCACUGCAGUAGAUUUGUUGUAUACAGUUUGUACAUGUAUGUAUGUACAUUGUAUGCGGAAAAAUAUAUGCCAAAAAGGUCUUUUGAGGCCAUUUGUACAGCUUGUUGCACACAGCAGUUCUGUAUUGUUUUAUUUUUCACUUGUGAUUUUUGUUUUUGUACAUCCUUUUUUUUUCUUUUGUUACGAAAUCGUAUUUGGCAGCACUUGAAAAGAGGUUACUUGAUUGUCUUGUUCUCAAUCAAAUUGAGUUAGAAGUAAGCGUAAGAUCUUGAUUGGAAGGUGUAAUGAAUACUGAACUGAUGUCUUGUACAAAUGCUGCUUUGCAGGUGUUUUUAUAGUUAGUGUAUACAGUACAAUGGAGCACGUUCACAUAGUUCUAAGUUAAUUAAUUAAAUAGAAUGGUAUAAUCCUGGUUAGCUUCAUUCACAUGUUCAAUAUUGCAGUUAACUUACAGUUGUGUGUAUUACGCUCUUUGUUGUAGUAUUAUAUAUCAGGAAACGUGCAUGUAGACAUCUUUCAAAGGGAAAUAAUGUAUGUAUCGCUGUGUAGCUUUCAGUACUUUGACAUAUUUAUUGAGGACUUGGUCUUCGCAUCUUUGCUAGUAUAUUGUGUAUUGUAAUCUUACUUUUUGUGCUCUUUAUACAUGUAUGGUUGCUGCAGAAAUGCUGGAAACAUAGAAGACAAUCCUGCUAUAGGGAAGGACAAUGUUGUGGACAAUAAGUAUACCAUCGUGUUAAGUGCCUAGAGUAACGCAGAUGCACUGUGUUAUUGUAAAUUGACACAAGUUAGGCCACACAAUUACUGUUUGUCACCAAAGAGAUUAACAGCUAAAAUCCAACAACUGAACUGAAGCCUCAAAUUUUUUUCGGAAACCUUUGCAACUUCUCGUUCAUAUCUUCUGGAAAAAUAGUUACGAGACAAGUUACGAGAUUUGUGUGGCCUUAAAUGCUCUACAACCAUUUUCUCCCUUGCCUUGUAGUUGUAUGCUGCAAAUUAGCCAGACAUCAAAUUGUACAGUCGCCGCCUUCCUAAGUAGGCUCACCACAUUCUGAAAGUGGUACCCUGUUUUAUAUUGGAUGCCACUUUUUGAAGAGUAACUACAAACAAUCACAUUGGUUGUAUCUGGUGUCUAUGGUGUGUACAGUGUACAUCUUUUAGCUGCUUUGAUAAACUCUGCUGUUCAAGCUUGUGGGGACCAAGUAGAUUUGGGGACACAUGUAAGAAUUGCUUAAAAUCUUGCAAGUUAACAGCUCUGCAGGUACUGAAUAAACCAUUGUUUACCGAUGGAAA